AUGAGCGAUUCCGACAGCGAUUUCGACGUGGACGACUCGCCCAAGGCGAAAAAGAAGACGCCCGCGCCGAAAAAGGCCAAUGGGUCGCCAAAAAAGAAGAACGGAGGUAGGAAAACUAAAAAUUUUCUGAAAGUUUCAAAAUUGUCCGAAUUUGCAGUCAACGAAUCUAUGGGUAUGACCGAGGAGGACCGUAACGUGUUCACUUCUAUCGACAACAAGAAGGGCGGCUCGAAAAAGAUGACGAUCGAGGACAUUUACCAAAAAAAGUCACAAUUGGAGCACAUUUUGCUGCGUCCCGACACGUACAUCGGUUCGGUCGAGUACACCGAAAAAACGCCGAUGUGGGUGUACAAUACGGAAAAGAAGGUGAUGGAGCAGCGCGACAUUCGCUACGUGCCCGGAUUGUACAAGAUUUUCGAUGAAAUUCUCGUGAAUGCCGCCGAUAACAAGCAGAGAGACGCGAAGAUGAACACCAUCAAAGUUGUCAUUGAUAAGUGAGUGGAACUGGGCAAAAAUUUGAGUAUCCCGGCGGUUUUUCACCCUAUUUCGGUGUUUUCACUGUAGAGUGAUGCAAAGCUGCUUUCUACUGCACUCUUUUAGAGAUUGCGGGAAUUUAAAGACUAUUUUUGAUAUUUUCAGAGAAAAUAACAUGGUUUCGGUGUACAACAACGGAAAAGGAAUCCCGGUGACGUACCACAAAGUGGAGAAGGUGUACGUGCCGGAAAUGAUCUUCGGAACCCUCCUCACCUCCUCGAACUACAACGACGACGAGAAGAAAGUGACGGGAGGACGCAACGGCUACGGAGCCAAGCUCUGCAACAUCUUCUCGACCAAGUUCACGCUGGAGACGUCGUCGAAAGAGUUCAAGCAUCAGUUCAAGCAGACGUGGAUCAACAACAUGAACCGGGACAAGGAUGCGGAGGUGCGCGCGGCGACCGGCGAGGACUUCACCAAGAUCACCUUCUACCCGGACCUCAAAAAGUUCAAGAUGGACAAGUUAGACGACGAUAUCUGUCAUUUGAUGGCUCGCAGAGCGUACGACGUGGCCGGAUCCACGAAAGGAGUUACCGUAUUCCUGAACGGGGAGCGCAUUCCGGUGAAGGGAUUCGAGGACUACGUCAAGAUGUACACGUCGCAGUUCACCGACAACUCGGGCGAUCCGAUUAAAGUCGCCUACGAGCAGGUUGGAGACCGUUGGCAAGUGGCACUGGCGCUCUCGGAGAAGGGCUUCCAGCAGGUCUCUUUCGUCAACAGCAUCGCCACGACGAAGGGCGGACGCCACGUGGACUACGUGGCCGAUCAGAUGGUCGCCAAGUUCAUCGAUUCGAUCAAGAAGAAGUUGUCGAAGACGGCGAUGAACAUCAAACCGUUCCAGGUUGGUAAUCGAUUGAUCGGAGGGGAUUCUGAAGGAUUUAGGAGGGGUUGGAAGUCUUCUGGAACGUUGAGGAGCUUCCUUACGACUUUUGGCGGGUUCUGAAGCUCUCACGUGAUUUCUGAGAACUUCUGGAGACUUGUAGCUUCUAGACGACUUCUGGCGAGUUUUAAAGGUUUCCUGUGAUUCCUGCGAACAUUUGAAGCCUUUUGAGAGCUUUUUAAGUUCUAUGGCGUCUUCUGGAGCUCUAACACCCUUCUGACACCUUCAGUAUCCCCUUUUCACCCCCUGACCCUUCCGUACCGCCCGUGAUGACUCAACCUAGACAAAUGAACUCUCUGGCGCCUCUAUAUGAUCUGGAGAAUUUUGUGAAUUUUCAAAAACUUCUCCUGAGGUUAACCCGGAACUUCUUGGCCCCUUUUGGAGUCAUUUCCUCUGCCAGUAGAUACAUUUUAUGCGACGCUUUAGUGACUCACCGAGAAAGUUUGAAUCGGGAGUCUAAAGGCGCGGCGCAACAUUUCCGUCAUUAUCCAUUUUGAAGCCUUUUUGGUUUUGAGACGGAUUCUGGCAGUUUCGCUAAUAGGUGAUUACUAAAAGGCGAAUCUGAGGCGACAAAACACUUCAUAAAUUGAGUGAAAGUUUGGCGAUUUUCAACACUAAACUCUAACUUUUCAGAUCAAGAACCACAUGUGGGUCUUCGUGAACGCGCUCAUCGAAAAUCCGACGUUCGACUCGCAAACGAAAGAGACGAUGACGCUGCAGUCGAAGCAGUUCGGCUCCACGUGCACCCUGAGCGAGAAGUUCUCGAAGGCAGCGUCGAAUGUCGGAAUCACGGAUGCCGUCAUGUCGUGGGUGCGCUUCCGGCAGAUGGAGGACCUCAACAAGAAGUGCUCGAAGACGAAGACGUCGAAAUUGAAGGGAAUUCCGAAGCUGGAGGACGCGAACGACGCCGGCACGAAGAACUCGCAGCAGUGCACGCUGAUCCUCACCGAGGGAGAUUCUGCGAAGACGUUGGCGGUCUCGGGACUCGCCGUCGUCGGCAGAGACAAGUACGGAGUGUUCCCGCUGCGAGGAAAGCUGCUGAACGUGCGCGACGGCAACAUGAAGCAGGUGGCCGACAACGCAGAGAUCACCUCGAUGAUCAAGAUUCUCGGGCUGCAGUACAAGAAGAAGUACGAGACGGAGGAGGACUUCAAGUCGUUGCGCUACGGAAAACUGAUGGUGAUGGCCGAUCAGGAUCAGGACGGAUCGCACAUCAAAGGACUCGUCAUCAAUUUCGUCCACCACUUUUGGCCGUCGCUCAUCCAACGCAAUUUUGUGGAGGAGUUCAUCACGCCGAUCGUGAAGGCGUCGAAAGGAAAGGAGGAGAUCUCGUUCUUCUCGAUUCCAGAGUACUCGGAGUGGCGCAUGAACACGGACAACUGGAAGACGUUCAAAAUCAAGUACUACAAGGGAUUGGGUACUUCGACGUCGAAAGAGGCGAAAGAGUACUUCUCGGACAUGCUGCGCCAUCGCAUUCGCUUCAAGUACGGCGGCGCCGACGACGAUUCGGCCGUCGAUAUGGCGUUCUCGAAGAAGAAGAUCGAGGAGCGCAAGGAUUGGCUGACCAAGUGGAUGCAAGAGAAGAAGGUGCGCAAGCAGCAGGGACUGGCCGAAGAGUACCUCUACAACAAGGACACCCGCACCGUCACCUUCAAGGAUUUCGUCAACCGCGAGCUUGUCCUCUUCUCCAAUCUCGACAACGAGCGCUCGAUCCCGUGCCUCGUCGACGGCUUCAAGCCCGGACAGCGGAAGGUGCUGUUCGCGUGCUUCAAGAGGGCCGACAAGCGGGAGGUGAAGGUUGCUCAGCUCGCUGGAGCCGUCGCCGAACUCUCCGCCUACCAUCACGGAGAACAGUCGCUCAUGGGCACCAUCGUGAACUUGGCCCAAGAUUUCGUCGGAUCGAACAACAUCAAUCUGCUUCUGCCGAUCGGACAGUUCGGAACUCGGCUGCAGGGAGGAAAGGACAGCGCUUCGGCCCGUUACAUUUUCACCCAGCUCUCGCCGGUCACCCGCAGCAUCUUCCCGGCGCACGACGACAACGUCCUUCGCUUCCUGUACGAGGAGAAUCAGCGAAUCGAGCCCGAGUGGUACUGCCCGAUCAUCCCGAUGGUGUUGGUCAACGGAGCGCAGGGAAUCGGAACCGGAUGGUCGACAAAUAUUCCGAAUUUCAAUCCGCGCGAGAUCGUCAAGAACAUCAAGCGUCUGAUUGCCGGAGAGUCGCAAAAGGCGCUGGCGCCAUGGUACAAGAACUUCCGCGGACAGAUAAUCCAGGUGGAUGCGUCGAGAUACGCUUGCUACGGAGAAGUGUCGGUCCUGGACGACAAUACCAUCGAGAUUACCGAGUUGCCGGUGAAAUUGUGGACACAGGACUACAAGGAGAAGGUGCUCGAGGGACUGAUGGAGUCGUCGGACAAGAAGACGCCAAUCAUCACCGACUACAAAGAGUACCACACGGACACCACCGUCAAGUUCGUCAUCAAGCUCUCGCCGGGCAAGUUGCGCGAGCUGGAGCGCUCCAACGAGCUGCAUCAGGUGUUCAAGCUGCAGCAGAUCAUCAACACCACGUGCAUGGUGCUGUUCGACGCGGCCGGAUGUCUGAGAACGUUCGGAACGCCCGAGGAGAUCACCCAGGAGUUCUACGACUGCCGCAAAGAGAAAUAUGUGCAGAGAAAGGAGUACCUGGUCGGAGUGCUGCAGGCGCAGAGCAGACGGCUCACCAACCAGGCACGCUUCAUUUUGGCCAAGAUCAACAACGAGAUCACGCUGGAAAACAAGAAGAAGGCGACGAUUGUCGAGUCGCUCAUCCAGAUGCGCUUCGAUCCGGAUCCGGUGAAGAAGUGGAAGGAGGAGCAGAAGCUGAAGGAGCUCCGCGAGUCCGGAGAGAUCGAGCUGGACGAGGAGGACCAGGCGGAGCAGGACGAGGAAGCGGAGGGAUCCUCGGCGUCCGGAACUCAGAAGGCAUUGGAGACGAAACUGUCGGAUUAUGAUUAUCUCGUCGGAAUGGCACUCAUCAAACUGUCCGAGGAGGAGAAGAACAAGCUGAUCAGAGAGUCGGAGGAGAAGUUGGCGGAGGUGAAGAGUCUGGAGAAGAAGUCGUGGCAGGACCUGUGGCACGAGGACCUCGACAACUUCAUUACGGAGCUCGAUAAGCAGGAGGCGCGCGAGAAGGCCGACAUCGACGCCUCGAUCAAGAACGCGGCGAAGAAGUUGGCGGCGGACGCGAAGGUCGGAGGACGUGGAGCCAAAAAGGCGGUGGCGGCGGAGGUGCUGCCCUCGAAGGACGGACAGCGCAUCGAGCCGAAGCUCGACGCGGCGACGAAGGCCAAGUACGAAAAGAUGGCGCAGCCGAAGAAGGAGCGAGUGAAGAAGGAGCCGAAAGAGCCGAAGAAGGAGCCGAAAGAGCCGAAGAAGGAGAAGAAGGAAGGAGCGGACAUUACGAAGUUCAUGUCGCCCGGCGGAGCAUCGCUGGCGAAGCUGACGACGCCCAAGAAGAAGAAGGCCGACGAGUGGAACUCGGAUCUUUCCGACACUUCCGAUAUUGAGUUUGAUGUGAGUUUGGGAAGGAACACUAUGGAAAAUUUGUAAAUUUAACUCUCAUUUUAUCAGAAAAAUGUGAGGCAGUUUCUAUUUAAAAAUUCGGCUAAAAGCAUUUCCUAACUGAAACUCGGCUUCUUUUUCCAGGACCACAUGUCAUUCGACGGAUCCGACGACGGCAUCGAGCGCGAGAUUGUCCAGAAGCCGAAGCCGCGUGCCGAACGAGGAGCCGCCCGUGCUGCCAAGGAGAAGUCGGCCGAUAUUUUCGAUCUUUCCGACGACGACGACAACGACGCGUCUCCGGCACCACCAAUGCGCCGGCCGGACGGCGUGCCGAAGCAGCAGCGGGUGACCCAAUCGGACGACGACGAGAUCAUUUUAGCGUCGGAUUCGGACGGAGAGCCCGCGAAGAAGGCGGCGAAGAAGCCGACGAGCUCUGCGGCUCCGGCCAAAAAGGCUGCUCCUAAGAAGACGAAGAAACCGGCGGUGAGCGAUUCGUCGUUCGAUUCGGAUUUCGAGAAGCCGGCGGCGAAGAAGGCGGCACCCAAACGCGCUGCCGAGCCGAAGAAGAAGCCCGCCACGAUGAACGACUUCUUCGAGAAGAAGUCGUCGACGUCGAAGAAGGCCGCCGGAUCGGACGACGACGAGGACGACGACGAUGUGGUCGUGGCUCCCAGAGAGAAGAGGUACGGGAGUUUUCAGCGAAACGAGAAAUUGCUCACCUCUUUGUCCCUAGAGAAAUUCUUUUUCUUGAAAAUACUCUGAAAACCCGGAUUUUUUGCAGCGGAAGAGCCCGCAAAGCUACGGCCUACCAGAUCGACUCGGGCUCCGAUUCGGACAGGCAGCCGAAGAAGAAGCGCGGAAAGAUGGUCGACUCGGAUUCCGACUAG